UGCAUGUCUGAGAGUAACACUUCACCACGAGACGACUCGCAACCUGCGGCGGCGCCUGCAAGACGUCGUAAACCUCGUCCAUCUCGAGGCAAAGGUCUCCGUACAACGACAGGAUGUGUUGUAUGCCGAACUCGUCAUAUGAAAUGCGACGAGGUAAAACCAACUUGUUCAGCUUGCCUUAAGAGCAAGCGGCAAUGUGUGUAUGCCUCAACCACUGGUGAACCCCAAGGCAGACAAGGCUCCUCCGUGGCAGUCCCAAGCUCGGCCAGUUCACCUGUUCAAAGACCAAGUCUUGAUGGUGCUGCUCAACAAGCAGAAGCUGGUGCUUUUGGACGACGACCAAAUGUCCAGUAUGAAUCAACCUAUUCAGAGAACAAUGACACAGCUCUUCAUGCCGCGCCUAUCAGCAUUCAUGGCCCCGAUUUUGCCAGGAAAUUUGAUGAUAACCAAACGUCGAGUCCUCGAUCAAGCCUAAGUGGCAGCACUGCGUAUGCUGCCGACGUCGCACCUCUUCGAUGGUUUGGCCUACUCGCUGGAGACGCAACAAACGCAGACUGGAGCUUCAACCCCAUCUCGCCAAACCUUGUCACAACCCAAAACAAUACCCCUACCAACCAAGUCCAGUAUACUAGUGGAAGUUCCUACUCCCGCCCUUCAGGACUUAUCCAAGGAUCAUACACGCCUUCUAUCAUCCCACACGAAGUAGUCGUCUUGUCGGAUUUGGAAGUCUCUCUAUUCAAGUAUUUUGUCACACAUUUCAGCCGCUGGAUUGAUCUUACAGACCCUCACCGUCACUUCUCGGUCAUGGUACCUCAUCUUGCCCUGCGUAACCAAGGCUUGAUGAAGGCUAUACUAGCGCUUUGCGCAAGACACCUGUCAAUCAAACCGCUACCUGACCUGGCUCCUGACCGUACACUUGCAGUGCAAUACUAUUACGAAACCCUCCAAUACCUUCAGCAGGCCAUGAAGAGUGAAGCAUAUCUUCGUAGCGAAGAGCUCCUAGUCACGUGCUUGAUAAUCAGCACAUACGAGAUGAUCGAUGGCGAGGGUCAGAGUUGGGAGCGACAUCUUAGGGGCAUCUUUUGGGUCCAGAGAUCUCGCGAAAUCAAUGGUGAAUCUGGAGGUCUAAAUCAGGCUAUAUGGUGGGCCUGGUUGCGUCAGGACGUCUGGGCCGCCUUCCGGGAAGGCCGCAAAGUGCUGAGCUUCUUUAAGCCUACAAAGCCAUACUAUGCGAUGGAUCACUGGGACAUCGCUGCGAGAUGUGUCUACUUAGUAGCUCAGUGUGUCAACUACAGCUCGCAGCAGGAAGUUGAAGCUGGUAAAUCUGACUUGAUCAUGCGACUAGCAAAAGCAGACGAAUUGUCAACGAAGCUGGAAGACUGGUAUCAGCAUCUGACAAGCCAUUUCAACCCAUUACCUUGUCUCAACACCUCCCGAGGACCAUUCAAGCCUAUCUGGAUACACCCACCGGUGUUUGCAGCUGGCUUGCAGCUCUAUCACUUCGCAAAGAUCCUCCUACAAAUAUGUACCCCUGCAGCUGGAGGAUUAAAGGAAUACGUGAUGAGAGAGCGUGCCCUUAACGAAUCAGUUGAUGUGAUUUGUGGUAUUGCGCUGGCCACUGAGGAUGACGCGGCUAUGGUUAUCUCCACACAAUGUAUCUUCGCUGCAGGCUUGCACACACAAGAUCCAGUCAAGAGAGCUGCCAUUCUCGAAAUGCUCGCACAACACCAAAAGCGUACUGGCUGGCCUGUCCAGGAUCUUCGCGUAGACUUGGAGUCCGAGUGGACCAAGACGGACAAGCCAGCAUGA